CUGCUGCUGUUGCUGCUGCUGCUUUUGCUUUAUUUUGCGGGAGGGGGGGGGGCUGAGUUUAAUAAGCGAGCGAGCGAGCGAGCUGGCGAGCUGAGCUGAGCGAGCGCGGGGUGGGGUGGGGGGCCAAGGCAGAGCAUGUCCGCCAUCUACCCUCCGGUCCCGGGCGCGCUCUCAUUCAUAGCAGCGUCUUCAUGAAUUACAGCUGAAGGGGGCGGGGGAGGGGGGGCAGCACACAACACCCCGGCAAACCUCCGGGCCCCCAGGCAUGGCUAGCUCGUGUGCCGUGCAGGUGAAACUGGAGCUGGGGCACCGCGCCCAGGUGAGGAAGAAACCCACGGUGGAGGGCUUCACCCACGACUGGAUGGUGUUCGUGCGCGGCCCGGAGCACAGUAACAUUCAGCACUUUGUGGAGAAAGUCGUCUUCCACUUGCACGAAAGCUUCCCUAGGCCAAAAAGAGUGUGCAAAGACCCACCUUACAAAGUAGAAGAGUCUGGGUAUGCUGGUUUCAUAUUGCCAAUUGAGGUUUAUUUUAAAAACAAGGAAGAACCUAAGAAAGUCCGCUUUGAUUAUGACUUAUUCCUGCAUCUUGAAGGCCACCCACCAGUGAAUCACCUCCGCUGUGAGAAGCUAACUUUCAAUAACCCCACAGAGGACUUUAGAAGAAAGUUGCUGAAGGCAGGAGGGGACCCUAACAGGAGCAUUCAUACCAGCAGUAGCAGCAGCAGCAGCAGCAGCUGUAGCAGCAGCAGCAGCAGCAGCAGCAGCAGUAGCAGCAGCAGCAGCAGUAGCAGCAGUAGCAGCAGCAGCAGCAGUAGCAGUAGCAGUAGCAGCAGCAGUAGUACCAGUUUUUCAAAGCCUCACAAAUUAAUGAAGGAGCACAAGGAAAAACCUUCUAAAGACUCCAGAGAACAUAAAAGUGCCUUCAAAGAACCUUCCAGGGAUCACAACAAAUCUUCCAAAGACUCCUCCAAGAAACCCAAAGAAAACAAACCACUGAAAGAAGAAAAAAUAGUUCCUAAGAUGGCCUUCAAGGAACCUAAACCUAUGUCAAAAGAGCCAAAAGCAGACAGUAAUUUACUCACCAUCACCAGUGGACAGCAGGAUAAGAAGGCUCCUAGUAAAAGGCCCCCCAUUUCAGAUUCUGAAGAACUCUCAGCCAAAAAAAGGAAAAAGAGUAGCUCAGAGGCUUUAUUUAAAAGUUUUUCUAGUGCACCACCACUGAUACUCACUUGUUCUGCUGACAAAAAACAGAUAAAAGAUAAAUCUCAUGUCAAGAUGGGAAAGGUCAAAGUUGAAAGCGAGACAUCAGAGAAGAAGAAGUCAACAUUGCCACCGUUUGAUGAUAUCGUUGAUCCCAACGACUCAGACGCGGAGGAGAACAUGUCCUCGAAAUCCGACUCAGAGCAGCCCAGUCCUGCCAGCUCCAGUUCCAGCUCCAGCUCCAGCUUCACGCCAUCCCAGACCAGGCAACAAGGUCCUUUAAGGUCUAUCAUGAAAGAUCUGCACUCUGAUGACAAUGAGGAGGAGUCUGAUGAGGCAGAGGAUAAUGACAAUGACUCUGAGAUGGAAAGACCUGUAAAUAGAGGAGGAAGCCGAAGUCGCAGGGUCAGCUUGAGUGACGGCAGUGACAGUGAAAGCAGCUCCGCCUCUUCACCCCUCCACCAUGAACCCCCACCACCAUUGCUGAAAACUAACAACAACCAGAUUCUUGAAGUGAAAAGUCCAAUAAAACAGAGCAAAUCAGAUAAGCAAAUAAAGAAUGGUGAAUGUGACAAGGCAUACCUAGAUGAGCUGGUAGAGCUCCACAGAAGGUUAAUGACACUGAGGGAAAGACACAUUCUGCAGCAGAUCGUGAACCUUAUAGAAGAAACUGGACACUUUCAUAUUACAAAUACAACAUUUGAUUUUGAUCUUUGCUCGCUGGACAAAACUACAGUUCGUAAAUUACAGAGUUACCUGGAAACAUCUGGAACCUCCUGAGGAUACAACAACUGGACGCGUCAAAAACUAUUUUUUUUUUGGUUGUGAUUUUUUGUUGUUGUUGUUUAUAUGGAAACACUCAGAAUGAUACAACCAAAAGGGAAAAAAAAUAAAAAUCAAACAACCUUCAGCUUUAUUUUUCUUUAAAGCCAGUCAUCAUCUCUUGAUAAAGGAGAGGUUACGCAAACCAGCCUCAGCGGACACUCCUCUGCAAGGAAAUCCCCAGGAAGAGUUAGCCUGGAUAGCCUUGAAAACAAGCAGACACAACACAAGAAAACUUAAAGAAUGUGUAUGGUACCGUGGCUCUUUCUGUGGUGGUUCAUUCCACAGGACGAAUGCAUAUUCAACACACUGCCUUAUUACAUAACUGAUCUAUUUAUUACCACAUACAGUGAAAAUUGUGAGGGAAUGACACCACCAGAUAAUAUACGUACUUGGUCCCGUGGAUGCUCUUCCAAUGCAGCGCCCUUGCCGUCCCAAGCCCAGUGACCUUACUCGUAUACCGCGCCACCUUCCACCAAGUUUUUCCAAGUCCUUUAACUUGUCCCAGUCUAUGUUUUCCACCUCUGUUUUUCCAGUUCCAGGACACAGUUAUCAACUGGGGGGACCAAACAGCCACCUUGAGUUUCUUCCCUGUGGUCUUCUUUCCUACGAGUUGAGGCCUCGUCCUUGACUGUUUCUAUGUGAUGAUCUUGGACAUGGUAGAUGUACCAAAUAGGAUCAUUUGAAUUGCUGUCUAGCCUUAGUCAAUAAACCUAUAGGACUUUUAACAAAAGUGUACCUGUAAUGUCCGCAGUCCAGCAUUGUUGAGCUGUCACCAACACACUUGUGUCUGUUUCACUGUCGCAAUAUUAGGUGAAUAGGGAAGUAAAGGCGUUCCACAGAGUUGGCGUCUCAAAAGGAGUUCUGGUCCUGCUUUCUGAAACAGCAGUGUAAACACUCUUGAUUUGGAUCUAUUUAUUACUGAGCAUUUCGCCUGUCUCCAGCUGCCAGUGUGGUACUCACUCACUUCUUAAAAACAAAACAAAAACAGGAAUCAGAAACUUCCUUUUUUUUUUUUUUUUGGUUCUUGUAUGAUUUUCUUAGAUUCUUUUAUGUUUGAAAAUUUAAAGCCUUUGUUUGGGGUUAUCCUGCCAUGACAGACUGUGUAGAUUGUAGAUUUGGUAACUUGGUAUCUGUUUAGUCUCUUGCUGAUGUUUCCAGAAGGAUUUCCUGUAUAGGUGAAGAGUAAAGGUGGUUGGGAGGGGGAGGUUUUUCAUCUUUGUUGUACCUUUGUUUUGGAAUUAGAAACCUGUGCUGUGGCAUGCAAAAGAAGGCAAAUUAUUUUCAAAAGAAAAAGAAAAAAAAAAAAAAAACCAAAGUACUUUUGGUGUCAUUAUUCUGCACUCUCUCUAGUGGAGGAAAUCAAAGUUAGGACAGCCGACCUUCCAAGUUGUUACCAGACCUCAACUGAAAAGAAAAGAAAUGAAGAAAUGCUUCUGGAUCCAAAGGUUCGCCACUGGAUCAGCCUUAAGAAAGUCUCUACGUGUGCUGACAGCCUAGUGUCCCCACAUUUGUUCCCAUGACAGAUGCCGUCCUUUCAUUCCGAGAUUAACUAGUGUCUGUUCAGAAAAUGGUCUUCCCAGACCCGUUCUUUCAGGCGGUAAUGUAAAUGCAGAUUAAUAACGGAGCGAUUUUCUGCAUUUUAAAAAGAUUUUUUUACACUGUUUCUUUCUAUCCAAAGAAACUAUUUUUUUCUUUUUUUUUUUUUUUAAAAAAAAAUGGUAAUACAGCCAUGGUCUUUGUAAAUUGCUUUCCUGCAGUGUCCUCCUCGAGGACAAGUGUAUAAAAUCUUCAAGAAUGUUAUGAUUCCUCAUGGUAACCGGCGUGAGGCGUACUUGAAGCGUUUGGUGUGUAGUCCACUUCCUGGUGUACGGUUGCAUAGAUGCAUAUCAUGUCAUUUUGGACAGUAGGCGUUGGAUGAACUGUGUGCUUUUAGUUGUGUUUAAUUUCUAACUUCACAGGUGAAAAGAGAAUGUUUCAACAUUCAAAAACCUUUUCUAAAUUUCUUAACUGCAAUCCCACAUAUUCUCAUUAAACUAGAAAAGUGCGUGGUUUAACUAGAAACAUACACAUGCAGUUUGGGCCAUUUUAUUUUUAUAACCAAAUUAUGUAGUGAAAUAUAUGAUUUGGCUUCUCCUAUUCCUAAAUUUACAAAACCCAAGAAACUAAAAUAAGAAAUUACCCCCUCCCCUCAUGCCCAAAGAAAUAAAAUUUAAAAGAGGGGAAAGAAGAAAGGCAGCUAUUGUAAUGAUAACAAUUAGAGCUAGAAAAUUAUAUAAGGCAGAUGUCUUCAGAACUCAUGAAAUAUAAGUUUGUACAUGACUAAGAAAAUUCAGAACAACUUCCCAAUCUAUUACCCAGGCAGUAAAAUGAGUUUCCUAUUUAAAAAAAAAAAAAAGUCUGGUAGAAUCAAUCAAUCUGCUGUAGAAUCAAUCUUUGAAAUGGUCCUUCUGUUUUUAGCACAUGGCUUGGAAAUUCAGAAGUCAUGAGUUCCCUUCAGCCCAUCUCAAAGAGGUGCCACACUCUCCAAAAACCAUAUCCGUGGACACUCACUUUUGAACCCUGUUAAGAAUAGUUUGACACGUGUCUAGCCCUAACAGUGGCUUUGUUUUUUUUUUGUUUGUUUGUUUUGUUUUGUUUUUUAAGCACAAAGAGGAAAUGGCAGGGUUUAAUUUCCUUAAGUGUAUAUACAUAUAUAUAUAUAUAUAUAUAUAUAAAUAGGUAUUUCAAAUGAAAUUAAUUGGGUGAAUGUGAGUAUGGUUUGAACCAGCAAGAGUAUGAUAAACUAUCAUUAAAGUUUUUCUCCUGUUGUUUGAGGAGGAAAAAAAAAAAAACUAUGUACAGACUACACACACACACACACCACAUACAUACACACACACACACACACACACACACACGCUUUUGAUUUUGGAUUUACAACAGGCAUGUGAGUGAGUGAGUAUGUGAGGGUUCCUGUUAUCUUAGAAUACAUCAGUCAUGUUGGCAGCAAAAAUAAAUGUAGUUGCUGUAUAUCCUCAUAAUACCCUGCCCCCUCUCCUGGAUAACAUAGAUACAUUUGUGUCAAAAUUAGGGAGAACAUGAAAAGUAUGAAUCAGGAGAUGAGCUUUAGAUAAAAAUAAAACAUUUUAAAAAUUGCCAA